AUGGCGCAAGAAACAGCAUCUUCGAUUCUGAAGGAUGACGCCGACGGGCUGGGCGUGAACGAAGGGAAAAUGACUGAAGAUUAUAGCCAGCCAGCGACGAAGCUGAUCGAGAAGAUUUCUGAGCUUCAGAAGACGACAUUCGUCGGCCCGACGAAUCCCAUCUUCGACGAACUGUUUGCCCUCGAGAAGAAAUGCAGACAGGCGAACGAUGGCGCGAGCGGCUCGCGGUUGUGCUGCUUUUACCUGCAAAAUUUGGAGGACUUGCGGAAGAAAGGACAAGGGAGAGGCGACGGGGUUCCACUGGUCAGCGUCGCGUUCCUGUGCGAUCAGCUUGUUGUCCUGUGCAAGAAGAGAGGGCAGCUGAAACGCACCAUCAGCGACAUCGUCAAGCUCGCGGUCACCUGGUUGCCCGACAUGAAGAAGGAAGACAAAAUCGAAAUGAUUGAGACACUUAAAAAAAUCACGGAGGGAAAGAUCUUUGUGGAAGUGGAGAGAGCGCGUCUGGUGCUGAUGCUCGCGGAGAUGAAGGAAGCAGAAGGCAAUAUUGAUGAGGCCGCCAACAUUCUCCAAGAAAUUCAGGUUGAGACGUUCGGCGCGAUGGAGAAGCGCGAGAAGACAGAGUACAUUUUGAAGCAGAUGGCGCUCGUCUUGCGACGUGGAGACUUCAUUCGUUGCCAAAUCAUCAGCAAGAAGAUCAACGCGAAGCUGCUGGACAACGACGAGAGCUUGCAGGACUUGAAGAUCCGGUACUACAGACUCAUGAUCCUGUACUACCUCCACGAAGGCAUGACGCUCGACUGCUGCAAGGCCUACCACUCCAUCUACAAUACUCCCUCCGUGCAGAAGGACAAAGAGCAGUGGACACUGAUUCUGCAGUGCUACGUCCUGUUCCUUCUUCUCGCCCCUUUUGACAGAGAAGUUCGGCAGCUAGCGGAGUCGGUCCAGGUGACUGAGGCAAAGAAGCUGAAGGAGAUGCCUGCCUUCGCGCAACUGCUAAAGGACAUGACGACUGUCGAGCUUCUCGCGUGGCCGCUGCCGUACGAGGCGACUCUCCGAGCACACCAAGUGUUUCAGGACUCACCCCACGAGGAGGGGGAGGCGAGGUGGAAGCUGCUGCGACGCAGAGUUGUUCAACACAACCUCCGAGUCAUCGCAGCGUACUACAGCUGCAUCGAGAUGAGCCGCAUCGCUUCUCUGCUGGACAUCAGCAAAGAUGAAGCGGAGGCUGAGAUUUCUGAGUUGGUCUGCUCGGACUUCAUCGAGGCGAAGAUCGACCGACCUGCUGGCACGGUGGAAUUUGGGAAGAAGAAGAGCAACUUUGACCGCCUCAACGCCUGGGCGACAGAUGUACAGAACCUGCUGGACCGCGUCGACCUCUGCUCACAUUUGAUUCAGAAGGAAAGAAUGGUGCACGCCGCGCGCGCGAAAAACGCCGCCUUGAUGGCGCGUAACGCGAGCUAG